CUGGCAGCUCUGUAUGAACAAGUGGAUCUGCACCUGGGCUGCAACCGCUGCACCCAGCGCCUCAAUGAGAGCACCUACCUGCUCCGCACUGGCCUGGAGCACAGCUGUCCCCGCGAGAUCCUGCUGGCCCGAGCCAAAGGCAGAGACCAGUGCCUGACCUGGCGCCAGGUGGGCCGGCGGCCCCGCUUCCCCCAGCCGGCCCGUUACCUCGUGUGUCGCUACUACAGCCCUGGUCUCGGCUGCCGUCGCCACUGGAACCAGUGCACCUUUGCCCACAGCCCAGAGGAGGCUUUGGUUUGGACCUUCGAGCGGGACCAUGGCGUGUCUCGGCUGUGGCUGAAGGCUGCGGUGCAGGGUGGGGACUCUGGGGCCACCAGCGGCCCAUGCAUCCCUGCUGACUCCAUCCGCGCUGAGUUUGCGGGCCACUUCCAGCUGCUCUGCUCCAGCUGUUUCCGGAGCCGCCCAUCGCGCCUUAGCCCCAUGGAUGCCAGGGGCCGGUGCCCAGAGCACGGGGCCUGCCGCCCACUCCUGACCCAUGUGAGCACCGGGCACAGCAAGCAGCAGUUCGUGGAGGUGCGGCCGUGUCCCAAGCACAGGCAGCCCCUGGCCUACUGCAGGUUCGUGGAGCGGGGCCAGCCAUGCAGACACGGGGCAGCCUCCUGCCAGUUUGCCCACAGCGACGUGGAGAUGGCCGUCUGGAAGGCGGAGCAGCUGGACGGGCUGCAGCGCAGGGACCUGCUGGUCCCCCAGGACCCAGAGGGCACAGCCUGUGAGCCCCGCACUGGCCAGCCCCCUGAGAUUCAGCUCUACUGCUAUGCCUGCCUGCUCACCUGCCACUCUCUGGAGGCCUUCGAAAACCACUGUGCAUCCCCGGAGCAUGCACGGAUGGUGGCCUUUGACCCUGCUGUGUCCUGGGAGCACCGUGCCCCUCCCAUUGGCCUGUCAAAGUUCCAGCUCUGCCCCAGGCCUGACCUCUGUGAAUACAAGGACUCCUGCACAAAGGCACACUCUCAACAGGAGCUGCAGGAGUGGGUGCAGAGGACGAAGACUGUGGAGCUGCGGCAGCAGGCAGCCUGGCAGGGGGGGCUGGUGUCCUAUCAGGCUCGGCUGCUGGCCGAGUACCAGCGCAGCAGCAGAGAAGUCCUUGUGCUGGCUGAGACUGUGGCUGGUGUAUCAGUGACCUGUGACCAGCCUCUGGUGCAUGAAGCUGAGGGGAGGAUCGCCCAGCACCUAUGGACGUUCCACAUCCACUCUGAGGAUCCCCUGCUGCAUGUGGCUCUACUCAGGCAGGAACUGGGAGCUGACUUCUCCCUGGUGACCCGCUCUGCACAAUCUCCCAGCCUGCUCUAUGCUCAGGGGAGACACUUCUGUACACCUGGCUCCUGGGCAGACUUCCGGGUGGGGGUGUCCGUGAAGGGAGCUGCCUUUGGCACCUUUGAGCAGUGGCUGGUUUUUGACUUCGGGCGCCGGCCGGUGCUGCUCCGAAAGCUAGUACUUCGAGUGGGCCAGGUGCACAGCUGGGGAAGCCAGGGGGCUGUGGGGCCUCGCCCUUGCCAGGAACUAGAACGAUGGCACACUGGCAACCGCCAGAUAGUGCCCAGCGUGGACCGAACAGACGAGCAGGUCUCCCUGAUGGCCAAGUACAAGACACCAUCCCUGGCCCUUGAUUUUAGUCCCAGUGGCUCUGAUACAGGGCCACUCACCUGCAGCAACUACCGACAGAGGAUGCACCAGUUUCUCUAUGAGGAGGAGGCAGCGCAGCAGAGGCUGGUGGCCAAGCUGGACCUGCAGACCCAGGUGGCCCUGAAGCCAGCUCUACAGACACCAGCCAUGGGCCUGGUCCUGGCACCCCCUGGGGCGCUGUAUGCUGAGGUGACCUUGCCUGCCUCCCUGACGCCGGACACAGACCAGGGCUUCCUGCUGGGCCGGGCGGUCAGCACAGCUCUGGUGGCACCCGUGCCUGCCAGGGACAGCACAGUGUUCGAGGCUCGCCUGGAGGCACGGGCUGGCUUCCAGCAAUCUCUGUGGCUGCUGCUGCCUGCCCGUUGCUGCUCGGCCCUGGGCUUGCAGGUGGAGGCCAGCCCUGUGCUAGAGGUGCAAUUCCAGGUGGAUCCAAUGAAUUUCCGCCUCUGGCAUCAGGCUGUGGAUGACCUGCCCACGGAGCAGCUAGUGCUGCCCACUUUGCCAGCCUGCGGCCCACCUGCCCCGCACCCUAUCCCACCCACCCUGCAGGGCAACAGCAAGCAGAAGCUGGCCAUGGGGCUCAUUGCUGGUGUCUCAAGGGGCCCAAAGCCCACCCCCCCGAUGCUCAUCUAUGGCCCCUUUGGCACCGGCAAGACCUACACACUAGCCAUGGCUUCCCUGGAGGUUGCCCGACAGCCCUCUGCCAAGGUGCUCAUUUGCACACACACCAACAGCGCAGCCGACAUCUACAUCCGGGAGUACUUCCAUGGCCAUGUUAGGAGCGGCCACUCUGAGGCCACGCCGCUCCGGGUCAUGUACACAGAUCGGCCUCCAAACCAGACAGACGUGACCACGCUGCAGUACUGCUGCCUGACAGAGGACCGGCGGGCCUUCCGCCUUCCCUCUCCCUCUGAGCUACGGCAGCAUCGAAUUGUGGUCACCACCACCUCCCAGGCUCGCUUACUCCACGUGCCUGCUGGCUUCUUCUCCCACAUCCUCAUUGACGAGGCAGCCCAGAUGCUGGAGUGUGAAGCCCUGAUCCCACUGAGGUAUGCCACGGUCCACACCCGCGUGGUGCUGGCGGGCGACCACCUGCAGGUCACUCCCAAGCUCUUCAGCGUGCCCAGCGGCCAGGCGGCUGGCCACACACUCUUCAAUCGCCUGUUCCUGCACUACCAGCAGGAGACACAUGAGCUGGCUCGCAGGAGCCGUGUUGUCUUCCAUGAAAAUUAUCGCUCCACCCAAGCCAUUGUGGCCUUUGUCUCCCGCCACUUCUACCUGGCCCAGGGCAACCCCAUUCACGCUAGUGGCCAAGUUCCACGUCACCCGCAGUGCUAUCCCCUUAUGUUCUGCCAUGUGGCCGGCAGCCCGGAGCAAGACAUCUCUCAGACCUCCUGGGUCAACCCGGCUGAACUCCUCCAGGUGGUGGAGAAGGUGCAGGAGGUGUACGACACCUGGCCCCCCUGCUGGGGCAGCCGGGAGCAGCGGUGCAUCUGUGUGGUGUCCCACGGUGCCCAGGUCAGUGCUCUGAGGCAGGAGCUGAGGAGGCGACGUCUGGCAGAGGUGUCCGUGGGCAGCUUUGAGAUCUUACCAGGGCGCGAGUUCCGGGCAGUGGUGCUCAGCACGGUGCACACUCUGGACAGCCUGCGUGGCCCAGGUGCACCCAGCUUGGAGUUCUUCAUGGAGGUGCGCGUCCUCAACACCAUCCUCACGCGUGCCCAGUCACAGGUGGUGGCCGUGGGCAAUGCCUUGGCCCUCUGCUCUUUCGGGGCCUGCAGCCGAUUAUGGAAGGCCUUCAUCCGAGAGUGCGUGAAGCAUGGGAGUGUGUGUCCCCAGGACUUGUCCCUGGAGCAGAUUGAGCAUGGUGUGACCCAGGCCCAGCACUGGGCUCAAGGAUGUCAGCUGGCCACUGCGCCAGGAGCAGAGGGGACAGGGACUGGCUCAGAGGACCCCACGUGCAAGGACCUGCCCCCGGAGCACACCCCCCUUUCAGAGAGUACAGCUGCAGGGAAGGAGGAGGCUGAUGGGGCCUUGGCCGGAGAGGAGGUGUCCCAGGACCCCGAGGAUGUGGAAUCUGACUUCUGGCCAUCACACUGGGCUCUCAAUGCUGACGACCCGAUCCUCCAGGAGCUCCUGGAUGAGAGUCGGAACGUGGCGGUGACUGUGCGUGAGGACGGGCUGCUGGACACUGUGGUAGGGCCCGCCUCUGCACGCCAGGCCUGCCAGUACGGGAACCUGCCCCCUGGCGAGCUCCGCAGGCUGCUGCGGACUGAGCCCAGCAGGCAUCGCCGCUGCUCCUUCCUCCAGGAGGCCUUUGGGCGGGCCACGGCCGUGGCACUGGACGACAUGGUCCCUGCCACCUUCCAGAUCAAGGGCCGCUUCAACUGCGGCAUGGCCUUCACUGGAGACGAGGUGGUGGUGCGAGUCCUGGGUGGGGCCGGUGACAGCCAAGAGACUGGGGGCUCACCACUGGGCCAAGUGCUGGGCGUGCUGAAGCGCUGCCGGCGGGAGCUGGUUUUUGUGUGCAGGAUGGACGCGUGGGAUCCCCGCAUCAUGGUUCCCAUUGAUGCCUCCGUGACCAAGAUCUUCGUGGCUGAGCUGAAGGACCCCCUGCAGGUGCCAAUCCACCGCCUGGCCCAUGGCAGCCUGCAGCGCGUGGGCCACGAGAAGCUGCCUGCCGAGGCGCGGCGCUCCCGGCUCUUCUGGGUGCGCAUUGUGCUCUGGCGGGAGCGUUUCUACUACCCACUGGGCGUCAUCCUGGAGGUGCUGCCAGAGGUCACCUCCUGGGAGCGAGGCCUGCAUGUGCUGGACCUGGAGUACGGCCUGAGGGAGUCCUCACUGGACCCUGCUGCCCUUGCCAAAGUGCCUCAGAGGCUACGCACGGAGCUUGCCCGCACAUCCGGACAGCGUGAAGAUUGCAGGAGCUUCCUGACCUUCACCGUGGACCCUCAGGGUGCCUGCAACCUGGACGAUGCCAUCAGUGUCCGGGACCUGGGAUCCCAGUACGAGGUGGCUGUGCACGUCACCGACGUGGCCACUCUUCUACCCCGGGACAGCCCACUGGAUGUGGAAGCCCGCCGGCAGGGCACCGCCUUCUAUGCACCCAACCGGGAGCCAGUACCCUUGUUCCCGCCAAGCCUGAGCCAAGGUUCGCUCAGCCUCCUGCCGGGCCAGGACCGCCUGGCCAUCUCCCUCUUCUUCAUCAUUGAGAAGGACAGUGAUCAACUGAGUAGCCAGCACUUUGCCCCCUCUGUGGUCCGCUCUGACCACCAGCUGUCCUACGAGGAGGCUGAGCUGAUGAUCCGGGCAAACCCAGGAGCUGACCGCAUGCUGCCACCCCGCCUGGACUCGGUGGCCGCCUGUGUUGUGGCCGCCUUCCACUUCUCCCAGACUUUGCGCCGUUGCCGCCUAGGCAGUGCCUGCCACUAUGAGCAGCUGGACGAGGGCAGUGUGCUGGGCUUCCGGGCAGCGCACUCCAUGGUCAAGGAGUACAUGAUUCAGUUCAACCGCAGCGUGGCCGAGUUCCUGGUGGGCAGCAGGCUCACAAGGACGGUCACGCCCCUGCGCUGGCAGCUGGCGCCCAGCACUGACCAGUUGGACACCCUGAGUGAGAAGCACUGUGGACUGGUGGCCCUGUCUCUGCGCCUCCGCCAACAGCUGAGUGGCCACCUUCGCCCUGGCACGAGGUUCUGUGUGCUGGCCUCGCUUUGGAAGCAGUUGCAGCUGGCUGUGCAGGCUGAGGACUUUGGCCAGAUGGUGGACCUCAUCACUACCGAUGACCUGCACCCCUCACUGGCCCCUGUUGGCCUUGAACUUUGCAAAGCCCAGUGCCGCUCAGCCUUUGGCCGCUCCAGCCUUGGCGAGCGACAGCCGGCCGCCCACCACUCAUUGCAGGUGGCCUGGUACUCUUGGGCGUCCUCCCCCAUCCGCAGGUACAUGGACGUGGUGCUGCAGAGGCAAGUCCUCUUGGUGCUGGGCCAUGGGACCACUCCCUACUCGGCCAAGGACAUCGAGGGGCUCUGCCGAGACUUCAGCCGACAGCACGCACGGGCCCAAAGCUACGAGCGCCAGGCUUACAGCCUGAACCUGGCCUCCCGCCUCCGGGCUCAGCCUCAGGACAAGCUGGCCUUUGCACUGAACGUGGAAGCGGGGGCACGCUGCUUCCGGGUACUGUUCCCCACACACCGCAGCAGCCUGCCUGAUGCAUGUCCCGUGUACUAUCGAAGCCUGCAACUGGCCGAGCCUCCGCAGUGCCUUGAGGGCCAGCCUGGCUUGCGGCUCCGGUGGCGACGUCGAGUGUACUCAAUGCAGACGAGGGAGUCCCACACUUUGCAGCCCAGCAGUGCCCUGCUGGACCCGCACAUCCGGCCCGUGGACCCUGAGCUGUGGCGACAGCUGCUGGAGCUGGUGGAGAAGCAGCGCUGGCUUGAGGCAGCUGCCCUGCUCCGGGAGCAGGAAAACAGGGAGCCUCUGCAGCCUGUGCUAGGCAGGAUGGUGAGGAGUUCCUGUGGGCACUUUGUGGAGGUGGUGCGGGAGCUGGGCCCCGGCCACGUACUGCAGGUGCAGCUCAGCGCCUCUCUGCAGCGUGGGCUCCUGGCUCCGGCCCUGCAGCUGUGGACCGUGGCGCCUGGAUUCAGCCUGUGCUUGGAGCACUCGGAGCAGCCUGGAGACUGCUUUGCAGGCUGUGCACCCCGGGCGGCACCAGAUCGCUGCGCCAGCGUGGACGAGUACACCAGCGUGUGGGGCCCGUUCUGUGCCCUGGAGUCGGCCACCGGCUCGGUGGCUGAGAACGACUCCAUCACGCUGGAGCAGGUGGCAGUAAGCUGGGAUGAGGACCGGACGCCACAAGGCCAGCUGCAAGGCUCCUUCUAUCUGCACGACACCUUCCUACACGAACACAGUCUUCAAGACAGCACCUUCAACCACUCCUACCUCUGUAUCCGGCUCGAGGGGCUGUCAGCUGUACCUGACGCUGAGGAACCCCUCACCAGCCUGGGCCCUCACCUGAGCAUCAACCCCAAAACCUACACCUGGCUGGCCCAUGGGCUGACGGAGGAGUGGGAGAUGGAGGAAGACGGGACAAGUCGGCUGGAAAGCUCCAGCUGGGUGCACUUUCAUGUCCUCCACAUGGCCACGGAGAAGGUUCCAGAAGAAGUUCUGAGGCCUGGCACCCUCUUCACCAUUGAGGUGUUGCCCAAGCAGCUUCCUGACCUGCGCAAGGAGGAAGCAGUGCACAAACUCAAGAGGUUCAAGGCAUCCAAAGGGCCAGUUCCGCUGGCCAUCAGCAUUGCCCUAGGCCUACCCAUCCCCCCACCCCUCCAUGCCAACAUCUUUCUGAAGAAUUCAAACUAUGACUUGAUGGGGGGCCGCCACCAGCUGAACCCCAGCCAGACCAACGCUGUGCGUGAGGCUCUGAAGAAACAGUUCACGGUCAUCCAGGGCCCCCCAGGCACUGGGAAGACCGUGGUGGGCCUGCAUAUUGUGUACUGGUUUCACAAGUACAACCAGGAGCACGUGCGAGGCCCCAGAAGCCCCUGCAUCUUGUACUGCGGCCCCUCCAACAAGUCCGUGGAUGUCCUAGCAGGGAUGCUGCAGAGAUGGCGAGAGGAACUGAAGCCCCUCCGCUUGUACAGCGAGCAGGCCGAGACAACCGAGUUCCCUGCCCCCAGCCUGAGCGGCCAGAACCUACCCAGGAAGACUCCCCAGGAGGGGAAGCCCAACUGGACUCUCAGGAACAUCACUCUGCACCAUCGGAUCCGGCAGGCCCCCAACCCCCACGCCCUUGCCCUCCGAGACUUCGACCGCCGAGUGAGGAGCCGGGAGCCGUUCUCUUUAGAGGACAUCGCCCAGUACAAGAAGACCCUCAAGGAGGCUCGGCGUUUCGAGCUGGCCCAGCACACCGUCAUCCUGUGCACCUGUUCCUGCGUGGCCUCAGGCUCCCUGAAGAACCUGAACGUCCGCCAGGUCCUCAUUGAUGAGGCUGGGAUGGCCACGGAGCCAGAGACACUUAUCCCCCUGGUGCGCUUCCCGAAAGUCGAGAAGGUGGUCCUGCUGGGUGACCAUAAGCAGCUGAGGCCAGUGGUCAAGAAUGAGCAGCUGCAGAACCUGGGGCUGGACCGGUCGCUCUUCGAGAGGUACCAGGGCGACGCCUACCUGCUGGACACACAGUACAGAAUGCACAAAGACAUCUGUUCCUUCCCUUCCAUGGAGUUCUACAAGGGCAAGCUGAAGACGUGGCAGGGCCUGCGGCGGGCUCCGAGCGUCCUGGGCCACCCGGACAGGAGCAGCUGCGCCAUCAUCUUUGGCUUCCUGCAGGGCCGAGAGCAGGGCCUGCUCGUCUCCACCGAUGAAGGGAAUGAGAACUCCAAGGCCAAUCUGGAGGAGGCUAAAGAGGUGGUCCGCAUCGCCAAACAGCUGAUCCUGGACAAAACCGUGGACCCCAAAGACGUGGCGAUCCUCACCCCGUACAAUGCUCAGGUGGCAGAGAUCAACAGGGGCCUCUCGAAAGCAGGUGUCACCGGAGUUACUGUGUCGUCCAUCACAAAGAGCCAGGGGAGCGAAUGGCGGUAUGUGCUGGUGAGCACUGUCCGAACGUGCUCUGUGAGUGACGUUGAUCAGCGCCCCACGAAGGGCUGGCUCAAGAAGUACCUGGGCUUUGUUGUAGACCCCAACCAAGUAAAUGUGGCCCUCACUCGUGCCCAGGAGGGUCUCUGCCUCAUUGGAGACCACCUCCUCUUGCGUUGUUGCCCUCUCUGGCGGCGACUCCUGGACUUCUGUGAGGAGAAGAGGAGCCUUGUGCCUGCCCACCUGGUGCAGGUCCGGAGGAGGCCAGCUGUGUCCCACUGA